AUGUUGGAAGAUCUCAAUAAUUUCACUCCUCCAUCUCAACCUCUUCCAUCUCCGUUCCUAGUGUUCUCAACUCUUGAUUCCAAUAAAAGCUUGCAUCCCUCAGUUCUCAUAGUUGCUAUAUCUUCCCCGUCUCUUCAUUUUUUACACCACCUCUCCUCCAAAACUCUAAUAGGCACGCUUGUUCUUCCGGAGUUCCCUUUCUCUGGCAACACUGUAGAACCCUCACUUGGUGACAAAUCAUGCAAUGUAUAUGCCCUUAAUCAAUCUGAUAAACUGAUUAUCAUUGCUCUUGUUCAGUACUCUGUUACUGCAGAAAGAUCCCAUGCAGUGGCAAAGUUGCUGAUUGGUGAACGUAUCAUACCGGAGAGGGUUUUGAUUUUGGAUUCUGUUCAAAGCCGUAACUUUCGUGGUAAACUUUCACCAGAUGACACAUUUGCAAUCAAGUUGGAGACAUCAUUUGAAAGAAGAAGUUCGGAUACUGUAGAUUCACCACUGAUAAAAGGGUUGGAUUAUUUCCCGUCAGGAAGUGUGGUGGACGGCCUGGCCGCUGCUCUGUUAAGUCGAUGUCAAUUGAAGAAGAUCAAGGGGACUCUCUGUGUUUCGUGGCCUCAUUUCGGUAUUUCAGUGAUGUCACUGAUUAAGUCGCUGCUGCUGAAGGAUGUUUUGGCUGGCAUAAAUCCUAGUAGUGAUGUUGAUUUGGAGAAUGAGUAUUUAAGAAACCAAAUGAUGCGUUUAGUUGUGGGAAGCUAUUACAUGGGAACUAGAGUUUCAUUCAUCAAUGUCACUGGUUUUGGGGUUCGGGUGAUGGCUUAUCGAAGUCAGGUGAUGGGUCUUGGUGGAAAUGCAUGUUGUGGGAGGUUGGUGAUGGUGGUGGUGGACUGGGUGUUGAGGCGAAUGGUUCUUUGCAUUGCUUGUUCAUGUUUGCAUGCAAGUGAACCUCCUUUGACAUUAGAUUACUACAAAUCGACAUGCCCAACUGUUCUCGAGAUUGUUUGGAAAGAAAUGGAAUGCGCAGUGCUGUCUGAUCCGCGUAACGCUGCCUUGAUUUUACGACUACAUUUUCACGAUUGCUUCGUCCAGGGUUGCGAUGGAUCGGUUUUGCUGGACGAUACAAUCACGCUUCAAGGAGAGAAGAAAGCACCAGAAAACAUACAUGCUUUGAAAGGAUUCAGAAUCAUUGAUAGGAUCAAGAACCAGCUUGAAUCUGAGUGUCCCGAGAUGGUCUCUUGUGCUGAUAUUCUCACUAUUGCUGCAAGAGAUGCAGUUCUUCUGGUUGGUGGACCUUAUUGGGAUGUUCCACUAGGCAGAAAGGACUCGAAAAAUGCAGGUUAUGAGCUUGUAGAAACAAAUCUUCCCAAAGCAAAUGAGGGACUGCUCUCCAUCAUCUCAAAGUUUAUUAAUCAGGGUCUCUCCGUCACCGAUAUGGUAGCUCUUUCCGGUUCACAUACAAUUGGAAUGGCACGCUGUGUGAAUUUCAGAGAGAGAAUAUAUGGAGAUUUCACAGCAACUUCAGGAAUGAAUCCAGUUUCACAGAGUUACCUCAACAGUUUAAAAUCUGUUUGUUCAGCUGAUAGAAAAUCAAACCAAAAUAAAUCAGCAUUGGACCAUGUAACGCCUAAUCUUUUUGACAAUUCUUAUUAUCACGUUCUGUUAAGAGGAGAGGGACUGAUAAAUUCAGACCAGGAACUCUAUUCCAGUGUUUUGGCCGUUCAAACGAAGGAACUUGUCGAAAAAUAUGCAGCAAAUGCGAUUGCUUUCUUCGAGCAGUUCUCUGAAUCCAUGGUUAAAUUGGGAGAUAUAGCAAACCCAGAAACUUAUGUCAAUGGAGAAGUUAGGAAGAAUUGCAGAGAUGUGGCCAUGAAUUUGUGGCCAUCCAAAUGCGUAAGUGGAAAGGUUGGUACCGCCCCGUUUUAUCCAGGAAAAUCACCAAUAGUUGAUUCAUUCGCUACAAACGAAGAUUUAGAUGCUAGCAGAAUCCUUUGCACACUAGCAUGCUUAAGGAUUUGUAUAGCUCAAAAGCUAGUUCUUGAAGAAUUCUUGAUCGAAUGCUCCAAAGAAACCAGCACUGAUCGUACUAGUUCCACCAGGAACCUGACCUCGCAUAUUGAGCAAAGGGAAGCGGCGGCUAAAAUUUUCUUCCUCGGCACUACGCUAAAAUUUGGGAGGCAAAUUCAUUACGUCCGCUCAACUUCUUCAUCAACAAAAUUGGAAAAGAUGACAUGCAGAAUGACUAAAAGCGUGAAGGUGAGUGAAGGCAUGGAAGAUAGAAUAAGCGACCUGCCAAGUGAGAUUAUAGAUUGUAUUUUAGAUUACAUGCCAGUUCAAGAUGCUGCAAGGAUGAGUAUCUUGUCAAGAAAAUGGAGGAAUGUUUGGCCUAUGCAUCCAAAACUGAUAUUUGAUGAGCACUGUUUUAAAGUCAUCAGAAAUGGAAGGUUCCAGUACCACCAGAUUAUCAAUAAAAUUCUGUUACAGCACAUGGGACCCGUUGUAGAAUUUUUCCUCGAUCUUUCAUACAUAAGUGGCACACAUUUCUCGUAUGUUGAUCAAUGGAUAUGUUUCUUAUCAAGAAAUGGUGUCAAGAAGCUUACCCUAGUGAAUUUGAAGCAGCCACGCAUGCUCUACAGUCUGCCUUCCUAUGUAUUCUCUUGUCCAUCAUUAAAAACCUUGGCUAUUCAUAAUGUUUGUAUCAAGCCCUGUCCCAUUGGAUCUUUGGAGCUGGCAAAGAAAGAUGGUUUUGACUUAUCAAGUCUUCUUGAAAAAUUGCCGAAAAUUGAGAAUCUUAUUUUGAAUGGCUUUGCCCUUAAGUUUUUGGCAGCAGGUACUGCGUCAACUUUGCUUCCAAGAACAGUGGAAUGCCUUGAACAUCUUACACUGGAUUGCUUGGAUGUUACAGAUUUGGAUCACAUUUCUACUACUGUUUGCUUGCUUCAAAGUUGUCCCAAUUUGCGCAUUCUUGAUCUGAAGGUUUUAUCAAGAAAAAAAGUUAAUGAAGAGGGAGUUCUAAACUUUUUUAAGGCUCUAGACUGCAUGAAACUAAACCUUGUCAAACUUAAGACCGUAAAGAUAUGCUUGAAAAGGAGGAAGCCUGUAGCAGAACUGAAGUUGCUGAAGCUUCUACUUACUUGUUCUGCAUCCCUUGAUAAGGUUAUAAUUGAAGUGAAAUGUUCUAUCGAUUCUGGUGCGGGCUUCAGAAUUACCAAAGAAUUGCUGGGGUACUCUCGAGCAUCACCAAAUGCCAACAUAAUAUGGAGCGAAUGUAAAAAUAGCAAGACAGGCCAUUCCUGA